AUGGCGCAAGAACUGGAAAGCAUCUUCGCCGAGCUGGGCAUUUCUCAGUACCUCGACGCAUUUGUCGAACAGGGUUUUGAUACUUGGGAGACCAUAUUAGAUAUCACCGAGUCCGAUCUGGAUGCUCUGCAAGUCAAAUUGGGCCAUCGACGGAAACUGCAAAGACGAAUCGCUAAUUCCAGAGGUCACGCUCCCGAUGCAUCGCUGGUCUCGCCGACGAGAGCAAGUGUAGAGGAGCCGAAGCCAGAGGCACAAAGACCAGAGAUUCAACGACCUGAAAAUAAGGACGGACCCGUUGUAACCAAGCGGAAGUACAGACGUCACCCGAAGCCUGAUGAAAACGCGCCAGAGCGUCCGCCUUCCGCCUACGUGUUAUUCUCAAACAAAAUGCGUGACGAGUUGAAAGGUCGCAAUUUGACCUUUACAGAAAUCGCCAAGCUUGUGGGAGAGCAUUGGCAAAACCUCUCUCCUGGGGAAAAGGAGCCAUACGAGACAUCCGCGUUAAAGGCCAAGGAAAAGUACAACCAUGACUUGGCCGAAUACAAGAAAACUGCCGAAUUCAGGAAGUACACCGCGUACUUGGCUGAUUUUAAGGCUAGACAAGCCAGCGCCAAUCAAGGUAAUGAAGGAAACGCCGUUUAA